AGUAGAGCGAAAAGGUAUGGGAAAUGAAAAGCGAAAAAAAAAAAAAAAAAGCGGGUUUAUAAAAGGCGAUGCGGUUCAUCGAGUGAUGGGUUAAAAAACUUCUCAGACUCUCGGGCUAUUUGUGGCCUGCCGCCUCGCGCGCCUGACAGAGACAGAACAGCAUGGAGACGCUUCUUUUUCUAUUUCCUCAAUUCAACUACAUGGCCCCGAAGGAGGAAGCAUAUUUCAAAAUGCUCGGUCCACAAGACUUGCAGGCACCAAAGAUGAAGGACGACAGCAGCAGGCAGAAAGACAAGGAGAGGAAGAGCCGACUAAGCCUUUUCCUCACCAAGUCGGGCUCUCACGAAAACGUCAGCCCCAGUAAGAAGACAAACACGACCCCCAGCAACAUCUCACCGGAGGCAGCUUUGCAGUGGAGCGACUCCUUUGAAGAACUGCUGAAGCGCUCGGAUGGGGUGGAGACCUUCUCUCAGUUCCUCAGGACUGAGUUCAGCGAGGAGAACAUCGAGUUCUGGUUGGCCUGCGAGGAAUACAAGACCAUCGACUCGGACACGAAGCUGCUGUCCAAAGCCAAAUACAUUUACACAAUUUUUAUUGAAUCGGACGCCCCUAAAGAGGUCAACAUCGACUACGGCACCAAGAUGGCCAUCCAGAAGACCAUAGCACAGCCCACGAAGAGCUGUUUUGAGGCAGCCCAGAUGAAAGUCUACAGCCUGAUGAAAAAGGACUCCUACCCCAGAUUCCUGCAGUCUGACAUUUAUCUGCGUCUCACCAGGAGGAAAGGCCCGGGGGCCACCAUGUUUCGCAGAAGGUCACGCUCCUGUGUGUUCAACGACAGAGGCGAGGCCACGAACGAACCUUCGGCCUGGUAACACGCGGUAGCAUCGCGGGUGUAGCGGCUCAAUCUGUGAAACGGAUUAAUAUAUAGGAGAUAAUCCCCGAUUUGCAGCACAAUUGUUGGGACACGACGUGCGUUUUGCGGAGGCUUAUUAUCCACAGGUUUGCUUCUGCAGAGUGUUAUUUUCUUAUAACCACAAGGGUUACAGUGGAUUAUCUCACCUACACGUAGCGGCGGGCUGGUGAAUAAAGAAAAAUUGGAACAAGCGGUUCAACAUUUUGGGAAUUAUGCUUUAUCACUACCUGAUCCAAGCAGCACAUGCUCGAGCUCGGGCUGGUAUCUUGGACAUCAAGGUACGGCAACACCACGACGACAAACCAAAUACAGAACCACAGUAGAAUCUGAAAUUUUUUAUUAAGUUAUAGUAACGCUGCAUUAAAAAUGACAAAACCUUUAUUUAAUAUUUUAUUGAGUUGUGUGCUAUGUUAUGCCAGUUUCUUCCUCCUUGGUUGCCAGUUUCUUGUCUGACUAGAGAUCAGAAAUUGGCUAACACAAGUGAACAUUUGGAAAAAACUUUAAAACCUUACCUCGUCUGUGAACAUCUGGACCCGAGACUGCCUUAACGGCUAGAUCACUCAACCACACACUAGCCGUAAGUUGAUGUUAGCGAGCAACACAGCGGGUAUGUUGAGUUCAGGUCAACCCUCAGUCAGCUCAGCACUCGCCAGAGACAGUUCUCCCCAUCUCCUCUCCGUUAAUUAACAAAUCGCCCACUGGUUAAAGGGGGGUUCAUCUGGCAGACUGUUUUACAUUGUCCUUGUUUCCCAGUCUGAAUGCUAAGCGAAGCUAGCUGGCUGCUGGCGGUGGCUGUAUGUCUAGCGUGCGAACGCGAGUGUGGCAUCGUCAAAGGCGAAUCAGCAUAUUUCCCAAGAUGUUGAAAUAUUCCUUGAAGAAACAUACUACACAGCGGGGUGACAGCUGACACCGUUAACCUUUAAGCCGCAGGAAUGCGUUUAAAAAGGUUACGAGGCCACUAUGUCAGAGGCAUGUGGUUAUCUGAAAAUAAUGCACACUUUUCCAGCCAAAACUGAAUUGAGUAUUCUCUGCGGCCAGCAGAUUAUUCUGGAGCCCUUGUCUUCUCUCUCUCUCUCUCUCUCUCUCUCUCUCAGAGGCACUGCGCUGCCUGUGGUUUGAUGGUUUUUAUACUUUCCCAAAUCUCAAAACUUGAGUGACAACAGGACGGUCGGGGGACAGACUCUCAGCCGAAGUGCCUCCACGCCGCUGACAGUAUUCAGCCAGCCGUACAGGCAGCCACACCGAG